AUGAGCCCAAGGCCAUCUUUAUGUAAGGACCGCAGCCCGGAACCUCCGCGGCUGGCGGGAGUUGCGCCGACCUUCCCCCUGAAGCCCAGGAGUCCCGCGAGGAAGGGGAAAGAGCCAAAGAAGCGCAACGAGCGCGCGGGGAAGGGCUUCAAGGGCGGCCCGCAGAACGCGCUGUUCGCGUUCCGCGGAGUGCGGCAGCGCAGCUGGGGGAAGUGGGUGGCGGAGAUCCGCGAGCCGCGCAGCAAGCGCCGCCUGUGGUUGGGGUCGUUUCCGCGCGCGGCGGACGCGGCGAUGGCGUAUGACGUCGCAGCAAGGCGACUGUACGGCUCUGGCGCGAAGCUCAACUUUCAGCAGGCAGCAAAUGCGACUGGCGCCAGUGGCGGCGAUGUCGCUUGCAGCAGCGGCAGCGGCGGCGGCGGCGGCGGCAGCAGCGGCGGUGGCGACGGUGCUGCUAGACUACUGUAUGGGUCUGGUGGUGAUGCGGAGUCAAAUCUCGCUGCAGAUGCAACGAAUGGGGACAAUGUAGCCUGUACUACUACCAGCAGCCGUGACGAUCCCCAUGCUACUGCUGCCGCCGCCGCUGCUGGUGAUGCUGGUGCUGCUGCUGCUGCUGCUGCUGCUGGUGCUGCUACUGUUGGUGCUACUGGUGUGCAACGUUCGAUUGAUGCUGCCACUCUCGCAGCUAUGCUCGACAGCUCACUGCUAACAUCCCCAUUUCUCCCACACGUGGCAUCGACUGUUGCGAUGAGUCUCAACAACACACAUGUGCCUCGCACCACGUCCCCAUGGCUUGAAACACACAUGACACCGAUUUUCGAGACGACUCAAAAAUCGUUCCUAUGGCCGCCGCACGUGGCAACACCAAUAAUACCAUCAUCCAUACCAUUAACCACACUCCCCACCAUACCAUCAACCGUGUCACCACACAUGUGGACAUCCAGACCAUCCCAGAUGCCUUCACCCAUGCCUGCACCGUAUUCUGCUUCUCUUCUUGCCUCCCAUCCUGCUUCUCUUCUUGCCUCUCAUCCCAACACCUUCUCACUGCCUCGGUCCACUCCUCCUCCUAUCCGGGGUUCUCCCAACACCCCCCUGUCAUUCCCACCGCCUUCGCGCUUUGCAUUCCCACAGUCACACAUGCGAAUGCCAGCACAGAACCAGCGCCAACGGUUGAUACAGACGCUACAGCACCCACAGGUGUUAUCCCAGGCGCUACAGCACCCACAGGCGCUACAGCAACAGCAGCUGCUUUCACAUGAGCUGCAACGGCCACAGGUGCUCUUCCACGCGCUACAGCACCCAACAGCGCUACAACAGCAACUGCAGGCGCUACAGCACCCUCAGUCGCUACAGCACCCGCAGGUUCGACAGCCACCACACGUGCUACAACCGCCAGAGGUGUUUUCACACAUGCUGCAACAGCCACAGGUCCCCUCCCACACGCUACAGCAGCCAGAGUUUCUAUCAGCGCCGCUACAACCGCCACAAGACUUGAUGCGGAUGUUACAGCCGUCCACCGAAAUGGCUGGACUCACGGAAAGCGGAGCUGGGGCACUUCGGGACCCGCCAAAUAUUAUGUUGCCGGCACAGCCGCUACAGCUGACACAGACGCUGCCACAGCCAUUGGCACAGGUGAUACUACAACCGCCUCAGUCACGGGCACAUGCGCUACAGCCGUCACAGCUGCUGGCAGGGGCGCUACAACCACCGCUAUUGCAGGCACAGUCUCAACAACAAGCACCUAUUUAUUCAUCACAAAAAGCGCUACAGCCGCCACAGCUGUCGGCACAUGUGCUACAGCCAUCACUGCUGCCCCACAUGCCAGAGCCUCCACAGGCGCUACAACUGCCACAGCUGCCGCCACAGGCGCCAUCACUCCCCAUGGGGUUGCCGAUAUCACCGGGCUAUCAGGACUUGCUGAUUGGCCAAGAGAUUGCGCGCCUGUUGGGGAACCCACAAGUGGAAAGCAUGACCGGGCGUCAAGAGAAGGCUGGUAUGCUGCUGGGUGGUUCGCGUACGGCCCAGAUUCAAGGGCAGUCAGGCCUGCUGCUGCCUGGUGACCUGAGCGCGGUCAGGCCAAUCAGGGUUGGAGAUUCGAGGCAGCAGCAGCAGGAUGUGCAUCAGAAAGGGAUGGGAAUGCAGGGAGGUUUAGGCCGGGAGGAGCGAGUUUGGGAGCAUGAAAGGCUGCUGCUGAAGGAAGAUGAGAUGCUGUUGAGGGAGCAUGAGAAGGUGAUGCAAGAGGUGCUGCUUUUUCAGGAAACCUCAAGUCACGAGACGGAUUUUCCCGCAGCUCAAAACGUGCAGCAAGGAGCAAGCCUACAGGACAUUCUACGAGAGCACGAGAUGAAGGUGGUACAAGAGGCCGGACAGGCUCAGGUUCGGCACUCCCGAGCCUACUAG